AACUCCGGUCAGAUUGUUUGUGUUCGUAACAUUGCUCUAACUUUAGUAUAAAGUAUUUAGUUUAAUUACCGGCUAAAUAUUCUAGGAUGCUAUACAAUUUUACACAUCUGAGCUCGACUCUAACAGUGUGAGUGACACAGCUGUUGUCCGAAUUUCCAAGGUCUGCUUCACUUUACAUUAGCUUUUGUGCUAACGUUAGCUAGCUCUACCCCUCGAUUUAAAGGGAACCUGUCGCUGCCGCGACGUGCAGUGUUUGCAGUUUAACGGAAAUUAAUUAGCUAUCUAAAUAUAAUUAAAGUCAGUAUCCAGGUUAAAGCUCGCCUUAUAGUUUGUUUAUAAUUUAGACUACGCAUGGUUUGUGUGGCAGCCCUGCACUUUGCUGUUACUGUUUUGAAACCCAGCGACUACGAUGCAUAUCAAAGAGAAGACGAUAGCCACUUUAAAGCAGUUUGACAUCGGAAAAAAGUUCUCUUAUCUGCCGGUGCUGCCCAAAGCCUCGGUGCUGAUCCCGCUGUUGGUGAAGAAUGGGGAGCUCUACACCCUGAUGACCCUGCGAUCAAAACAGCUGCGGACCAGUGCCGGUGAGGUGUGUUUCCCAGGUGGGAAGAGAGAACCCAGUGAUCGAGAUGAUGUGGAUACAGCUCUGAGAGAGGCACAGGAGGAGAUAGGUCUACCACCUGAGGACGUUCAGGUGGUCUGUACGCUGUUCCCAAUCAUCAAUAAGAGUGGUCUGCUGGUGACCCCCGUCGUUGGCUUCAUAGAGGAGUCAUUUAGUCCCAGUCCAAACCCAGCUGAGGUCAGCGCCGUGUUCACAGUCCCACUGGACUUCUUCACCAGCCAGAAGGACCACUACGCUGCCCACGGUGCUGCCGGGUUGGUCGGGCCGCUGCACUCGUUUCAUUUCGUGGACCCUGAUUCAGGAAGACAGUACCACAUAUGGGGGCUGACUGCCAUGUUGGCUAUACUGGUCGCUGCACUCGCUCUGAGGAAAAAGCCUGAGUUUGAUGUCGGCUUUGACUCUGAGGAUCCGUUCGCCUUCUUCCAGCAGAUUCUACAUAGAAGACUUAACAAACUAUGACCGGCUGUUUUCUUUAUUUUAAAUGCCACAACAUAGUACCUUUAAUUCAGAUUUGUUAUUUAACUGCAGUGCAUUAAUUUACAGUGUUAUUUGUAAAGAUUAAUAUAAAGUUAAUUCAUACACUU